AUGACUUUAAUAGCUAUAGGGGCGUGCUAUCUUGACACAAUUUUAACAGCCCCCCAUUACCCAGGCGAGGAUGAGAAACUUCGUGCAUCCAGGAUCAGUCGCCGGCGCGGUGGGAAUUGCCCUAACACUCUCGAAAUUCUGGGGCAAUUGUUAGAACAUGGGCCGUCGAGUGCCGAGUCAUCCUUGAAUCUGAUUACCGUUCUUCCCUCUAAAACAUCAGUGGCAUCUCAGCAAAUCAAAUCAAGCUUAGGGGAUAGUGUGCGGCUAGAUAGUUGCAUUUAUCGAGAGAUAUUCAGUGAGCCAGCUUCUAGUUACAUCAUUUCGAGCCAGGCUACCGGUAGUAGGACGAUCGUCAAUUACAACGAGCUGCCCGAAAUGACUCAAAGUGAGUUCGCAACCGCUGUUGAGCCCCUACGUGCCGCAACUAGUCGACCCUGGUUUCAUUUUGAGGGCCGUGCGCCAGAUGUAACAUUAGAAUGUAUUUACUACAUCCGGAAGCAUUUUCCAGGGGCUGAAAUCAGUGUGGAGGUGGAAAAGCCAGGUCGGCCAGGCUUACAGGAGCUUGCAGACGCAGCAGACGUUGUUAUCUACUCGAAGGGAUGGGCCCAGAACAACGGAUAUAUGUGCGCUGAGGAUUGCUUGCGGGAUCAGUCAUUGAAGACAAGCCGAGCAUCCUUGCUGUGCUGUACUUGGGGUCAUGACGGGGCUGCAGGACUUGAACCAAAGACUGGCAACUUUGCUCAUGUUCCGGCACAUACUGAAGAACUAGGAGUCAUAGACACUAUCGGAGCUGGAGAUACAUUUAAUGCUGGCCUGCUAUACGGUCUUGUCUAUCGGGGUCAGGAUUGGGAUUUCCAAAAGAGAUUAGAAUUCGCAAAUCUCAUUGCUGGCUUGAAGGUCACUCAGGAGGGCUUUGCAAACCUGCAAAGAGCGUUGAGCUUUCCAUCAUAUUGA